AUUACAAAAUUCCUUGUUUUAUCAUUUCGCUCACGCGAAGGAUUUUUUUAAUUAAAUUCCUUGGAUAGUCAAAUAAAUUCUUUAAAUUUGGAAGAUCAUAGAUGAUGAAGCUACAUUCCUUGAAUGUAAUGUAGGAGGACAUUUCAGAUCCAAGAUAUCUGAAAAUUCUUUGUAAUCAUAAGGUAACAACAAUCCAGAAGAACGAUAACAAGAAGAAGUAAGGUUACAUUCUAUGGGCAAAGGCAGCAGACGGAAAAAGCACAGUAGCAGCAAAAACAAAGGCCGAAUUCCCGUCAAAGAUCAUGUUGCUGAAGAAGACACCGAUCUGCUUGCAGAAGAGAUUACUGCGCUAACUGCGAUCUUUCAAGAUGACUUUAAACUCAUAUCUGAGAAUCCUUCUCCUCAACUCUCUAUAACUAUCAGGCCCUAUUCCAUGGACAAUGGAUUGAAUGACUUAAAUAUUUCUGUAGACCUAUUAGUAAGAUGCUUGCCUGGGUAUCCUUACAAGGCUCCAAAAUUACAUAUUAUACCAGCUGGGGUGCUGUCAGAAGAAGAUCUCCAGCUUCUGCACUCAAUGCUGCUGGACCAGGCAAACUCCCAGGCUCGAGAAGGACGUGUGAUGGUGUACAAUCUUGUUGAGGCAGCUCAAGAAUUUUUAUCUAAGAUUAUUCCAAAUGAUCAAGAUCAUGAUCGAAAUUCAAAGAACUCAAGUUCUUCCAUCAAAGCAGAUGAUAAAUGGAUUCCUAAAGCCGCAAAUAUCUCUAGUGAGGAUUCACAUUUUCCUGGAGGAUCUCAAGUUUGUGGAGUUAUUGAUCUCUUUGGUGACUUAUGGGGGGAAGGAGGUGCAUCGUGGGAAGCAGGUGUGGAAACAGAUGUUGCUUUGCGUGUGGGUUCUACCAAGGGUAAGAGAUUCUCGGAAGGACUUGCUAGCAGAAUUGAAAGGGACACUAGAAAUAAUGGUCUUAACCUGAUGUAUCCCGAUCCCCUGAAAAAUACAAAUAUACCAGUGGCUCAGAAGGGAACAAUACCAGUUUUGCAGGGUAGAAAUCUCAAUAAUAUGAUGACAAAUGCAACUGGGAGAUUGGAGGUUGUUCAAGAAGAGACUGACAGUGACAGUGAGGUUCUCCCAACCAAAUCUUCCAAUGCAACAUCUAUGUCGGACAUUCUGCAGAAAGUUCUAAGUAGCUUCAUUCGUGUGGGCCGAGCAAUGAAGCAUUCUCUUCGUGUGGAGCAAACCUCACAUUUGGAUGAGAGUGAUUUGAAGGAAUCCGAUUCAUCAGAAAAUUCAGUUUCAUCAAGUUUAGCUACACAAGAUAAAUCAAGUCUUGCUUUCCAAAAAGAUUUGCUUAUGGUUCAUUUACUUCGCCUUGUAUGCUCCUCAAAGGGACCACUUCCAGAGGCAUUACCUGAACUUGCAUCACAAUUGGAAUCCCUAGGGAUUUUGCCUCAGUGGGCUAGAGAAUUGGCUAAUCAACAGCCCCAGCUCUUUGAGAGGACUUUCCGCCACAUUUUCUGUCAUAAUAUGAUGGGUGGUAUUUCUAAUGUACAGCCUUCAGUAUCUCUUUUCUGGAAGGCAAGCCCCAAGUUGCUUGGUGAAGGAAAUGCUUCAUCAAUUGUGAAUUCACGGUAUCAAAGUGACUUUGAGGAAGUCUGUUUGCUAGGUAGAGGUGGGUUUGGUCAUGUUGUGUUAUGCAAAAAUAAAUUAGACGGUCGUCACUAUGCGAUGAAAAAGAUACAACUGAAGGAUAAAAGUUUAUUAGUCAACCACAAAAUUUUGAGGGAGGUUGCCACACUCUCACGACUGCAGCAUCAACAUGUUGUUCGUUACUACCAGGCUUGGUUUGAGACUGGUGUAGGUGGCUCUGUUGGUGUGCUUCCUGGUGGGUCAGAAGAUUUGGACAGUUCAGAAAAUUAUAUCAGUGAAGAACACUUGUCAGAUCUUCCGUCUGAUCCUCAGGAUAGAGCACAACUAACAUAUUUGUACAUCCAAAUGGAGUACUGUCCUAGGACCUUGCGUCAGGUAUUUGAUUCCUACACUGGUACUAUCGAUAAGGAGGUUGCCUGGUCCAUGUUUCGCCAAAUUGUGGAAGGAUUAGCUCACAUUCAUGGGCAAGGCAUCAUCCAUCGGGAUUUGACACCAAACAACAUUUUUUUUGAUGCUCGCAAUGAUAUUAAGAUAGGCGAUUUUGGACUUGCAAAGUUUUCCAAUCUGGAGCAGAUGGACCGGGAAUAUCUUCUUGCUUCCGAGUUGAAUGGAGAUUCAAUUGAUGGAACUGGGCUAGUAGGAACUUACUUCUACACAGCACCUGAAAUUGAGCAGGCUUGGCCUCACAUUGACGAGAAGGUGGACAUGUAUAGCUUGGGAGUUGUGUUAUUUGAGCUGUGGCAUCCAUUUGGUACAGCUAUGGAAAGAUAUGCAAUCCUUUCAGAGCUGAAACAUAAAGCUAUGCUCCCUUCUCCUUGGGCCACAGAGAAUAUUGAACAGUCUGCUUUAGUGAAGCGUCUAAUGGCUCCAAAUCCAUCAGAUAGGCCAUCAGCUUUGCAAGUUUUGAGAAAUGAAUUGCCUCCACGGAUGGAAGAUGCAUCCUUGAAUGAUGUCCUACGAACAAUACAGAGUUCAGAAGACACCUAUGUCUUUGAUCAAGUCGUAUCUACCAUAUUUGAUGAGGAGCGAGUUCUUUUGAAAACACAAGACCACCAUAGUGGAAGGGCAAAAUUGAAGAGGGAUGAGCUUGAUUGUUUAAUCACAGCACAAUCAGAAUUUCAAGAUCAUGUAAUUGAGCAAGCAAAAGAAGUCUUCACACAACAUGGAGCACACAAGUUUGAAAGCAAAUGCUUGAGAGUCCUUGAUGACCCUAAAUUGCACAACAGAAGCAAAGCCAUCAAAUUUUUGAACUCAAAUGGGGACAUGCUUGAACUUUGUCAUGAAUUGCGACUUCCAUUUGCCUAUUGGGUUGCUGCAAACCAGACGAUGUCCUUAAGGCGAUAUGAAAUAUCUCAUGUUUACAGGAAGGGAAUCGGCCAUGCUGCUCCAAAUCUUUAUCUCCAGGGAGACUUUGAUGUGAUUGGAGGAGCGCCGAUAUUGACAGAGGCAGAAGUUAUAAAGGUAGCUAUGGAUAUUGUAGGCAAGUUCUUUCCAUUGGAUGCUUGUGAAAUCCAUCUGAACCAUGCCAGCAUUAUAGAUGCUAUAUGGUCAUGGAGUGGAGUUAAACAAGAAGCUAAACAUGAUGUUGCUAAGCUGCUAUCAUUGAUGGUUUCAUUAUCUCCUCAAGCCUCAGAUAGGAAGUCAAAAUGGGCUCUCAUUCGACGUCAGCUUUUGCAGGGCCUUCACUUGCCAGAAUCUACUGUUGAUCGUCUGCAAACAGUAGAACGAAGAUUUAGUGGUGCUGCUGAUGAAGUCCUCCCAAGGCUGAGGGGAGCUCUUCCACCAGAUAGGUUUACACUGGCUGCUCUUGAGGAGUUAUCAACACUUCUGAGCUAUCUAAGAUUGUGGGAGAUUGAGAGACAUAUAUUCAUUGAUGCUCUCAUGUUACCUUCCGAAGAAUAUCAUAACGGAAUCUUUUUCCAGAUUUACUUGCCCAAGGGGAAUAGUUAUGGACCACUUUCUGAAGGCAUUCUUUUGGCUAUUGGGGCUCGAUAUGAUCACUUGCUUCGUCAAAUUUGGGAUAAUCAUGUGAUAUCAAGUUGUCCUGGAGCUGUUGGCCUUAGUGUUGCCCUGGAAAAGAUUCUGCGUUUUACUUCAGCAGAAAGUUGUAAGAGUGAAACUGGCACUAGUGUUCUGGUUUGCUCAAGAGGUGGUGGUGGCCUAUUGAAAGAACGGAUGGAAGUAGUUGCAGAGUUAUGGAGUGCAAACGUUAAGGCUGAGUUUGUUUGCACACCGGCACCUAGUCUUACAGAGCAAUAUGAGUAUGCAAAUGAGCAUGGAAUUAAAUGGCUUGUCAUAAUAAGUGAAGAUUUAUCCCAUACGGGCUCUGUCAAGGUACGCCACCUUGAGUUGAAAAAGGAAAUAGAAGUUCCAAAAGAAGAGUUGGUCAAAUUCUUCAUUGAAGAAGCUUCAAUGCCCUUUCGAAAGAAGUUUUCUCUGUCAAGAACUUCAGGCUAAUGUUUUCUCCUCAAGAAGCAAAAGAUAAAUAAUCUCAGUUCCUCCGGCCACUAGACUCUCAGAAUUGAAUUGCAAUUGGCAGCCCCAAAGCAUGAGACAUUCACGAUUUCUGGUUCGCAGUAAAAUCUCUGGUCCUCCCGCCACCGGACUGUCUGAGUUGAACUGUAUAUAGAAAAUCCAAUCCUGUUGUACAUUACCUUAUUUUUUCAUUAAUUGGAUAUUUUAUAGCUUGGAACAAAAAAUAGAUUUUUCCUGUAAGGCACGAUGUACAAAACUAAAUACUCUAGAGUUAAUAAAAGGCUUUUGUAUUUUCUAUUACAAGAUGAAGCUGUACAGGAUGGGUGUUAGAAAAAACAAUAGGCUUGCGUGUUCCGACAUUUGGUCAAGGAAACAGAGGAAACCUGCACCCGAUGGGUUUUUAAUUCUCCUUGGGUGGUGCUCUUAGUCUUAUAGGCUGGACAUUUUCAAAACAAAAUCUUUUUCUUCAUUCAUAAAUUAAAAUGGACCUCUAAGCAAUCAAUAAUAUGGAGAGCAUUCUGUUUACUACUCA